AUGGACAUGCAAACCAAGAUCAGGCGAUACAAGGCUGUCAAGGAGCUCUAUGAGCGAAUUAACGGCUGCAAGUCCUGGUUUUUCUCCCCUGGUGACCUUCAAGGAUUCGGAAUUCAAGCUCUCCAAGUCGACGUGUCAGAUGAAGGCUCCUUACAAUUUGACCCAUGCUUUUUUCGGCCUUACCCGGAAAGAGACCUCCCAAAAUAUCCACUCGACACUGUGCGGAUGGCCACGGUGGGUAUUGAGAAAAUCCGCCCGCUGAACUUCCGCCCGGACUUUGAUUCUAUUCUGAGAGACUACGAAAAUACACCUGGGAUCGAAGAUCCCUUAAGGUCCGCAAGGAGUAGAUACGAGUCUAUUAUGGAGCUGACUGGGCCGGACGAGUGGGCCGUCCAUGCCACGGAAACAUACAUGCAUAUUCAAAGCCAGCUGGACGCUUGUCGCAUCGGCUUAUCCCCGUACUCUUCUUUCGCCUACCUAAGCUCUCUUGGCAGAUGGCGGACGAAACCCACCAGAGGUGAUCCUCCGACAGUUGUGGGCGGCAAUCGGGAUAUAAGUUGGCGGAUUGAAAGCUGGCAGGAGGAUGGUCACGAAAGCUUGCCUAACCCACAUGCAAUUGCGGCACUUACUUCAGAUGUUCCCGCAAACCGCGAAGACGGAAACCUUACUCGACAUGAAAUAACAGCGAUUCUAGCCAUUAUGGUCAUUCGAACACGCCAUAGGCCAUUCGUGAGCCACCCUAUUCAUCCAUUAUUGUUGAUUUCCUACACGGGACAAAAGCACGGAAGAAUCAUUCAAGCUUCUUUGCACGGGGACCAGUUACUUCUGCAAUAUUCUCAACUAUGGAGCUUCGCGGACGACGAAACAGCACCUGUUGACCUGUUCAUGCGUUACAGCAUAAGCCAGCUAGUCGAAAUUGCUCGAGUGGAGAAGCCAAAUGUUGCUCUUGGAUCUCUUGUGGGACCCAUUGCAUCCAUGAACUUGGAUUAG